CGGACAGUACAAAUUCUGCUUCCUCAUACACAGUCUCAGUGUUUCUCUCUCUCUAAUUUCCAAAGCACGGUAAUCAUUCGACGAAGCGAGUGAGUGAGAGAGAAGAAUCUCUGAUCCACACAGAGAAACCAGAAAUCCAAAGCCAAGGACAGACAACUUGCGUUCUUCUUGUGAUUUGUGUUCCAAGCAACCAACCACAACCACAAUCCCAUAAAUCAAUUCCACACACCUUUUUUCCUUCAUUACACUUCUUUCUUCAUCACACCCUCCCUAAAACAAACAAAACUAUCAGGUACCAGUACCAUUUUCCCCCCUCGUUUGAUCAAAUGAGUUUGUUUCCCUUUGCUCUUCCUGUGUUUCUACUGCUAUUUGAACACGGUCUUCUACUACUAUUUUCAAAGAGAAUGAGCUUGUGCUAUAGUUAGUAGCUAGUGACUCACUAGUAGUAACUAGUAGUUUCACUGCUCUGUUACUGUUAGUUACCCACCAACCCAUUUACUUUACACCUCCAAUUGCUUCUCAAGUUCUGUUUUUUCUUUUAUGAAUGGUGGUACAUACCCAUUUUCAAUACUGGGUCCGUGAUGGAUCUGAUGCGGUGAAUUAAUUACUGCUCUGCCUUGUCGUUAUUCCCCUGUUUUUGAUUCCCCAAAGACAGAAAGUUUGCAUUUUUCUUUUUCAUUUUUUAUUUAUUAUAUAAUAAUAUUAAAACGGUUUCCUAACUCAAGUGUUCUAAUGCACGCCAUCAAGUUUGACAAUUGACACGGUAUCUCCUUUUUUUUUUUUUUUGUGGGAUUGUAGGUGUGAAUUUGCUUAACUGGAGCCAGAUUCUGUUGAUGAUUUUCUGCCCAAAAAUCCUAAUGGUGCUGGAAUAAAUAACACUCCCUGUAUUGGUUUCUGGGUCGGUUCAUAUAUUAUUUAAGUGUUAACAUUUAUUUAUAGUUGAACUUGUUUGAGCAACUUCAACUGUUGUGGUUGGUCAGAGAAUGUCUAGGCCUCUGCAAAGAGGUGUGUCUGGGGUUAGGGUCCCUGACAGUAGCUAUGACUUGUGGGACUCCCAAUCUAAAGAUAAAACAGAAAAGGAAGAUUUGGAUAAGAGGGGUUCUUCAGAUCAUAGCCCUUUUGCUUUGAGGUUUCCUUUGAGGUUGCUUUUUGCAAAUAAUUCUGAUUCUAAAUUUGGCAAUGGCAUAACUGAGAAUGGUUUUGCUUCUGAUCCCUUCAUUGCUGGCACCCCGCGGAGCCGGCUUAAGUUGAUGUUGCUUUCUUUGAAGUUUAGUUUAGUGUUUAUAGUUGUUCUUGCUCUUACUGGAUCCUUUUGGUGGACCUUGUCAAUUUCAUCCUCAUCAAGAGGUCACAUUUACCAUGGUUAUAGAAGACUCCAAGAGAAGCUUGUGUCAGAUUUGUUGGAUAUUGGUGAGAUUUCUCGCGGUCCCUUGAGGGCUAAAGAGUUGGAAUUCUGUUCUCCGGAGUUGGAAAACUUUGUUCCUUGCUUUAAUGUUUCUGAGAAUGUAGCUUUGGGAUAUUCUGAUGGCAAUGAAUUUGACCGACAAUGCGGCCAUGAACCAAGGCAAAAUUGUAUAGUUCUCCCACCUGUGAAUUACAAAAUUCCUCUCAGGUGGCCUACUGGAAAAGAUGUUAUUUGGGUUGCUAAUGUGAAAAUCACUGCACAGGAGGUUCUUUCUUCUGGUAGCUUAACCAAGAGGAUGAUGAUGCUGGAUGAAGAGCAAAUUUCAUUUCGUUCAGCCUCUCUUAUGUUUGAUGGUGUUGAAGACUACUCACAUCAAAUUGCAGAAAUGAUUGGGCUUAGAAAUGAGUCUUACUUCAUACAAGCUGGGGUUCGAACCAUACUAGACAUAGGUUGUGGCUAUGGUAGCUUUGGAGCACACCUCUUCCACAGUCAGCUUUUAACUAUGUGCAUUGCAAACUACGAGCCUUCUGGCAGUCAAGUUCAGCUCUCUCUCGAGAGGGGUCUUCCAGCUAUGAUUGCUUCUUUCACUUCAAAACAGUUGCCAUAUCCAUCUCUAUCCUUUGAUAUGUUACAUUGCGCAAGAUGUGGCAUCGAAUGGGACCAGAAAGAUGGUAUUCUCUUGAUUGAAGCUGAUAGACUUCUAAAACCGGGCGGAUACUUUGUCUGGACAUCACCGCUUACAAAUGCUCGUAACAAAGAGAAUCAGAAAAGGUGGAAGUUUGUACAGGAUUUCACAGAAAAUCUUUGCUGGGAAAUGUUGUCACAGCAAGAUGAAACUGUUGUAUGGAAGAAAACUAGUAAAAAAAGUUGCUAUACUACAAGAAAGCCAGGUUCUCCUUCUUUAUGUGGUAGAGGUCUUGAUUUGGAGUCUCCACAUUAUCGAGAACUGCAAAACUGCAUAGGAGGAAUACAGAGCAGCCGUUGGGUUCCGAUUGAAAAAAGGGAAAGAUGGCCUUCUCGGGCUAACUUGAACAAGAAUGAGUUAGCAAUCUAUGGCUUACAGUCUGAUGAAUUUGCUGAGGACUCUGACAGCUGGAAAACAGUGGUUCAAAAUUAUUGGUCGCUUCUGUCACCUUUAAUAUUUUCUGAUCAUCCAAAAAGGCCUGGUGAUGAGGACCCUUCACCACCUUACAACAUGUUCAGAAAUGUGCUAGACAUGAAUGCCCAUUUUGGUGGCUUUAAUUCUGCGUUGUUACAAGCUAGAAAGUCUGUUUGGGUCAUGAAUGUUGUCCCAAUAAGUGGACCUAACUACCUUCCCUUGAUCCAGGACCGAGGUUUUGUUGGCAUUUUGCAUGAUUGGUGCGAGGCCUUUCCUACAUACCCUAGAACCUAUGACUUGGUGCAUGCAGCAGGACUUUUAUCCCUUGAAACUGAGCAACACAGAUGCACCACGCUUGAUCUGUUCAUUGAAAUUGACAGGAUACUUCGGCCAGAGGGUUGGGUUAUAAUUCGCGAUGCCGUACCUUUAAUAGAAUCAGCUAGAGCUCUAACAACACAGCUGAAAUGGGAUGCACGAGUUAUAGAAAUCGAAAGUGACAGCGAUCAGAGACUUCUGAUCUGCCAGAAACCUUUCUUUAAGAGACAAGCAAGCUAAUUAAUUGAAAGCCUGAAGAAAUUAGACUAUAAUAUACAUAUAUUCAAUUCCAUAUGUUCAUUUAUUAGCAUAAAGCUCCACCAUACAAAGUGGAGACUGAAAAUUUUGGACAAAAAGGAAGCCAAUGAAAAACAAUAUAGAGGAAACAGUGUAUCCUUGUUGUGAAUGAUACCACCACUUCAUCUAUGUAGCCGUAAGGUGUACAUAGGGCCAUGUAAUUACCAAACAAGCCACAGAGCAGAUGAGAAAGUAUACUGGUAGGUUUACUUUUCCAUGUGACGUCUCAUUAGAGUUUAUUCAAAAACAAUAUUAGAAUUGGGAAGAUGGUGAUAGAAUAAUUCACUAUUAUGGUGUAUAAAAUGCCCAGUGGUUGAUUCCCCCUUAUAUUAUAGAAUAAAUUUUUCUCCUGUCAUUUUAUAGGUUCUUGGAUGUCUCUUGUAUAAGCUUGGCAAAACUGUACUUCAAAGUUUGUCGGUGUUUAUAAUAUGAAAUCAAAAUCAUAUUCUUCAUCCGUUCAUUGCUGAAUGUACAAGACUUCUGGAUGGAUGCAGUCAUUGAUAAUUUGGAAUAAAUAGUAGCUAGUGGCAUUUGCUGCGACUGUUUUUCUGU